AUGAGUCGAUCACGUCUUGCGACGUCGAUCGACUAUAGUCAACAAGUGACAAUCAAUCUUGAUGAACUCAAUAAACGUGAACGAUUAAAUAUAAAUGAUGUAGUCAGUCAUGGCUACUUACAACGAGUUCUUCGUCAAUACGAGUUAUUUGGUCUCCAACCUGAUACACUUCUAUUUGUUACAUUGACUGCUCUCGGUGCAAUAUCAAAUCGUUCUUUCAUUAAUAAUUCUAAUAAUAUACCAGUAAUGCUCAAUCAUGGUUCGUUAUUAGUUGGAAAGACAGGAACAAAUAAAAGCAGUUAUGUCAAAUUAAUCCGUCACGGCAUCAACAGUCUUGGUCAUCAUUAUGAAGCUACUUACUAUCGAAAUAUUGAUAAAAACACAAAUAAAAUUGAUCUUGAUCAAAUUACUACACGACAGGGUCAAGAAUCAUCUUCAACAUCAAGCAGGAUGUUAAAGGCAUCAUUUAUGAUGGAAGUGUGUACAGAAUUAGCAAUUACCAAAAAUUUAGCAACAAUUGAUACUUUUUUAUGUCAUGACGAAGGUGAUGUUAUCUUGUCCACAUUUGGUUUUUAUUCUCCAUCUGAUCUGAAAAAUGCUGGUGGUAUAAAUUUGCUCUGUUCAGGUCUUGAUGGUCUUGCUGAUUACAAACGAACGACUGGUCAUCAAUGCAUUGAAGUUAAAAAUUCUCAUUUAUCCAUGCUUACACUUCCAUUAGCGACAAAUAACGAAUGCAGUCCACUUGAACGUCUUAUUAUCAAUCAUCAUUGUUCUUUAAAUGGACUUGAGUCAUUAAUUUCGUAUACGCCAGAACUUCAUCAAUUAACUAUUCAUCAAACUGAUUCAAAUAUUACGACGUUACAAUCAAUUGCAUUAAUUAAUUUGGUGUUUAUUUAUUUACAUAUGUGCAAAACGUCAUUUUAUGAAUUAAAAACAUUCUUAUUUAAUAUAUCUUCAACUUUAAAGAUCUUGUCUAUUAAUUGUUCAGAAAAAAUCAUUUUUCUUGAUGCUCAUCGAUGGAAACAAUUUAUUUCAUAUUAUUAUCCUCAAUUAGAAAAAUGCUAUUUCACAUAUUAUGAUCGUAUGAAUAAUGAUAAUCAAUAUGAAAUAUAUCCUGGACAAAUAAAUCAAUUUUCUUCAACAUUUUGGAUUGAACGAAAAUGGAUAUUUCAUGUUAAAAUUGAUGAUACAGAUAUCAAAUAUAUGAUUUAUCCAUACAAAAAAACCUGGUAUGAUUAUAUAGAUGAUAAGAAUAUUGAAUAUUCAACAUCAACUAGUUUAAUGUUAGCAAUUGAUCUUAAUCCUUUUUAUCUUGAAAUGUUAUUCGAAAGAAUCAAACGUGUGUUAACAAUAACACAAAUGCAUCAUUUGGAAAUUAUUGAAGAACAUUUAGUACCCGCGUAUGUUAAUUCGAUUGGUCAAACAAUUGCCAGAUGUAAUAACAUUAAAAUUUCAUUCUUUGGCAUCGAAUAUACAGAUUGA